UAAAUAAAAGUUUUAAUAAAUGAAAAAUAAAUGAAAACAUUUUAAUAAAUGAAAUUCAUCACGAUAUUGAUAUUGGUGUUCAAGAUGACGAUUUUAUGAUGAUGAUGAUGAUAAUGAAGAUUAUAACAGUAUGGACGAUUAUGGUAAUUGUUAUUUUAAUGGUGAUAAUUGAGAUAAUUCAAAUAACAGUAACAGCUAUGGUGAUGACGGUGAUGAUUGUGAUAAUGAUGACGACAGCGUCGAUGACGUGAUGAUGAAGAUGGUAACGUCAAUGAUAAUAACAACUAUCAAGUGAUUUUUACAGCAAUGAUGAAGCGAAAAAUCGGCGAUGACAUGAUGAUGAAGUUGAUUAUUAAAAAGAAGGUCAAGGUAAUUAUGAUGACGUCAUUAAUGCUGAUUAGUACGUUUAUGAUGAAGAUAGAUUUGAAGUUGAUAGUGGUGAUAAAGAAAACUGCAGCUUGAAGUAAUAAUGAUAACGACCAUGAUGAUGAUGAUGAUGAUGAUGAUGACGACGAUGACAACAGCAUCAUCAUCAUCAUCAUCAUCAUCUCUCCACACCUGACCCACUCAGUCAGCUGCUCAGAUGAUGGAGUCUCCUCCACUCUGCCGGGUUUUUCUUCUGCCUCCAUUUCACACCGACCUUUCCUCUCUCCUCAUCCUCUCCUUCACAUGAACCUCCUUCCCUUUUUUUAUCACCUCGGUUUUAUUUGCUUUUGCGUCAAACGCUGCGACCGAGACAUUUUUUUUUUUUUUAACCGAGGUGCUUUUUGUUUUUCCGGGGUAAACGCGCACAGGAGUGGAUCGAUGCUGCUGCUGCUGCUGCUGCUGCGUCUGUGAUAAACGGGGGGGAAAUGGGAGUCACCGAGUCACUGCUGCCGAUGUCCUCGGCUCCAUCUCUGACCACGGUCUGUUUUUCCUCCUGAUCCAACAGCGGGCAGUACGGGCUGCAGCUGCACUCUGAACAGGCUCCGGUCGAGCGAAACAAAUGGUCACAUCUAAAGGUGGAGGACUGACUUUGCUGUAGGGAGGACGCCACCAGACCACGCCCACACUCUCCACUGUACGGUGCCAGGCCAUGGCGCUGGAAAACUCCGUCUUUCCCUCCCGACCCGACUCCCUGUCUCUCCCCGUGGAGGAGAAGGGGGAAGGCCCAGAUGUGGAGGUGGCCACCGAGGCCACCGCCUCCCCGGGCGGCUUCAACCUGGAUCUGGCUCCCGUCGUCACUAUGGAGACCGCGCUGUCCCCUCCGCCCACAGCCAAGGUCAACAGGUCGUUCCAGGCCAAGCUGGCGGAGAGGGAGGCAACCGCCAACCAGCCCAGGAAGAAGACCCAGGGGCCGGAGAAGGAGCGGGGCCGAUUUGGGUGGGCUCGGGCCCGACGUAAGAGGCAGCGCUACGUGGAGAAAAACGGCCGGUGCAACGUGCAGCACGGCAACAUGAGGGAAACGUACCGUUACCUGACCGACAUCUUCACCACGCUGGUGGACCUCAACUGGCGCUGCUCGCUCUUCGUCUUCGUCAUGGCCUACGCCGUCACAUGGCUCUUCUUUGGCGCCAUCUGGUACCUCAUUGCGUACUGCAGAGGAGACCUGGACCAUCUUGAAGACACCACCUGGACGCCCUGCGUCAACAACGUCAACGGCUUCAUCUCCGCCUUCCUGUUCUCCAUCGAGACAGAGACCACGAUUGGCUACGGCCACCGCGUCAUCACGGACCAGUGUCCAGUGGGGACCAUGCUGCUGCUGCUGCAGGCCAUACUGGGAUCAAUGGUCAACGCCUUCAUGGUGGGCUGCAUGUUUGUGAAGAUCUCGCAGCCCAACAAACGAGCCGAGACGCUGGUCUUCUCCAAGCACGCCGUCAUCUCGCUGAGAGACGACAAGCUCUGCCUCAUGUUCAGGGUUGGCGACCUGCGCAGCUCCCACAUCGUAGGAGCCAACAUGAGGGCCAAGCUCAUCAAGUCCAAACAGACCCAGGAAGGUGAGUUCAUCCCUCUGGACCAGACCGACAUCAGCGUGGGCUUCGAGACCGGUGACGAUCGCCUCUUCCUCGUCUCGCCGUUGGUGAUCUCCCACGAGAUCGACACCCACUCGCCCUUCUGGGACAUGUCCCAGGCCCAGCUGGAGAAGGAGGACUUUGAGAUCGUGGUCAUCCUGGAGGGAAUGGUGGAGGCCACGGGAAUGACCUGCCAGGCGAGGAGCUCCUAUCUAGCGGAGGAGGUGCUGUGGGGUCACAGGUUCAGCCCGAUGAUGUCACUGGCGGAGGGUUUCUUCGACGUGGACUACGGAGCCUUUCACCACACCUUCGAGGUGGUCACGCCCUCCUGCUCGGCCCGGGAGCUGUCGUUGGCGGCGGCCAGGCUGGACGCCCACCUCUACUGGUCCAUCUCCAGCCGGCUGGACGAAGAGCCCACGCUGCCGCAGCCCGUGGCCAAGCAGGCCGACGGGGGCUCGUCCCUGGGCCGGGGCAGCGAGCCGACCUUCAUCGUCGGGGAGAUGACCGACAUCCUGGAGCAGUCGGGACCGGGGGAGUUAAACGGCAGCGUCGCCACCGACCAAUCAGAAUCCGAGGCCUAGAAUGAAGAGGAAAGUUUACAGGGACUUACAGUAAACCACACCCCCCGACCCCCGACCUCCGACCCCCACAGUUAGUGUUUGCAGAGGGUUUAAUUUGAGUCUUGGGAUUGGACUACGUUCUGUAAUCUGAACCGAACCUUAUGUUUGACCACAGGAGGGAUUUUUAUUUUUUAUGACACUUUUUACGUCAAUCCUUAAAAUUAUCGUGUUGUUCCGUUUGUGUUAGCUUCAAACACCUUUGCCUUUAUAUCCACAUUUUACAGACUAUGCUUCGGGGCGGGGGGGUCGACAGUGAUACACCCGUGGACCAGGAGAAGAAUGUUAGGAAACGUCAGUGUGUUGUGUUAGCGACGUUGGUAAAUAUAUAUAUUUAUAUAUGUGUGCAGAUUAGGGCUGUCACCAUGGAAACAUCAACCAACAUCAUCUGGUGUAGUUGGUCCGACCGUCACCAAAACAAACGCACACAACUUCCUGUGUGGGUCAGCCUCGUUACUCUGUCGGUAAUUAUCUUUAUCUACAUCUGCCUGCCAACAGUAAAAGAACGCAGUACUUUAGGGCCAGGUGUUAGCACCGAGGGAAUCAUAUCUUUUUUUUUUUUUUUUUUAAACUGCAUAUUUUGGGUGUAACAUUUAUCUGACCAGUCGGACCAGGUACUAGCUUGCUUGCUAACAGCACAAAAAAAGAUAUAUUUUUUUAACUGUUGGUCAAACAGGGACAUCUGAGGUCCCUGAGCCGAGGUUGAACCCCUAAGAUUGAA